GCACCGACGGGUAGGCGAAGCAUUUGACGAUUGUCUGAAAGAAAACUGGUUAAGACAGUGAAGGGGAGAGCAUGCAGCUUUCCGAGCGCUGAGAAUUUGGUAGAACGACCGGGCACGACUGAUGUUUCGAGUAGCAUUGACGGACCCAAUUAGCUAACCAGAUGGACAUUUUCCUCUUCGAGAAACAAACAGGAUUCCUCUUCAAUAAAGUAAAAUAUUUUGGUUGAUUUCGGAAGCAAGCAGUGGAAGGGAAAAUUAAACCUCUCUCGUUGUGCUCUUUCUCUCUAAAAGCUCAAUGUUCUCCAAUCUGCUUGAUUCUGGGGUUUCUGAUUGGUUUUUCUAAUGGCCAAUAUGUUUGUCUGAUAUCGGUUACGAACAGCAGAUGCUUGUUGGUCAAAUAUUUCGAUUAUGUGCAUCAUUUUCAGUUGAGGUGCAAUAUUCAGAAUUAUUGGAAAUGGCUUCUACUGUUACCAUGCGAGCAAAGUACAAGAGUGCAGUGAAGGAUCCAGGAAUUCCAGGAGUCCUUGUUAUGACUGAAGACAAAAUUGUGUUUACAUCGAAUGAUCGGAGGUCAACUAUCAAUGAAGAGUUUAGAAAUAUUAAAGGUCACAAGUUCAGCAAAGAGGGCUCCAAGCAAGCACUUCUAAAUCUUACUCAAGAUCCAGAAAAGGGUGGAGGAUACAUUUUUGAGUUUGAAAAGUUUCAAGACAGAGAUACCUGUCGAGAUUUUGUUGGUAAAACUCUUGGGAAGAUCCAAUCUGCAGCUGCAAGUGGGCAGGGGGCUAAUGCUGUUUCUGAAAGAUCUGCUGUUGCAGUCCAGGAUGAGCAACUUAGCGCAGAAGAGAUGGAGCAUAGGAUGAAACUACUUAGAGACAACAUUGAGCUACAGAAGCUGCAUAAACAAUUCGUCAUUGCUGGUGUUCUGACAGAGGCUGAGUUCUGGGCUACUAGAAAGAAUUUGCUUGAUCGUGGAACCUAUCGGCAACCGAAGCAACGCACUGGUUUUAAAAGUGCCAUGCUUGCAGAUAUUAGGCCAUCUACUGAUGGUCGGACAAAUAAAGUGACGUUCAACUUGACUGCAGAAAUAAUUCAUCAGAUCUUCGCUGAAAAACCAGCUGUACAUCGGGCUUUUCUAAAUUUAGUACCAGGCAAGAUGACAGAAAAAGAUUUCUGGACAAAAUAUUGCAGAGCGGAGUAUCUUAAUAAAACGAGAAAUUCUGUAGCAGCUGCAGCAGAGGCUGCUGAAGAUGAGGAGCUUGCUGUCUUCUUGAAGCAUGAUGAUAUAUUGGCCAAUGAAGCUCGUCGGAAGAUUCGAAGGGUUGAUCCAACAGUGGACAUGGAAGCUGAUAUUGGAGAUGAUUACAUGCAUCUGCCGGGUCAUGGGAUUCUUCAUGAUGGCAUGGAUAACAUUGAUGGUGCAAAUGAAUUCUCGAGGACAUUACUACAAGACCUUAAUCGGCAUGCAUCUGUUGUACUUGAAGGAAGAAUGUUGGAUGUGGAGCUAAGAGAUACAAGGACCGUUGCAGAAGCACUUGCAAGGUCCAAACAGGCUGAAGUUGCUAAUGAAAUAUCGGAGGAGGAAGCAAACCAAAAACGAUUAGAGAGAGUGUUCCAAAUGACUGAAAUGGAUGACCUUCAGGCACCUCAUCAACUUCCUUUUGCACCUCUUUGCAUCAAGGACCCACGUGAGUACUUUGAAUCUCAACAAGCCAGCACCCUUAAAGCGUUAGGAGAAAGUGGUGCUGAUGCCAAAACAAGUGCUUGCAAUCUGAGGACAGAGGAAGUCUAUGAUUCUUUUAGGAAGCAUAUUUCCCAUAUGCGAACUGUGGGAUUGAAAAAUCCAGUUAUUCAGCUUGAUGUUGCUGCCAAGGUAAUUAGCGGCUUGACUCAGCAUCUUUCAAAUACCAAGUAUCAUCUUGGGAAGAAUCCACAAGAGAGCUUCCUUGAUCGGCUACCUUGCAGAACCAAAGAGGAAUUGUUGCUUCAUUGGACAUCCAUUCAGGAAUUAUUGCAGCAUUUUUGGUCAUCUUAUCCAGUUACAAGUGCAUACCUUUAUGCCAAGGUUAACAGAUUAAAAGAUGCUAUGACACAAAUAUAUCCAAAACUUCAGGAGGCUAAAGAAACGGUGCAGUCAGAGUUCCGGCAUCAGGUUUCUCUUUUAGUGCAACCAAUGCUUCAGUCUUUGGAUGCUGCUUUUGCACACUACGAAGCUGAGUUGCAGAAAACCAUGAAAAAGAAUGAGAGGUCAAAUGGGUUUCUUUAAUGGAGAUGAAGUAAUAUAAACAUGGCAUGCUUGCAUGGCCCAGUAGAUUGACAAUUGCUGCCGAUUUUUUGACAACAUUGACAUCGAGUUGUCAAUCAUCGAUGGAGCCCGUUCUUACUUUAAGGCGGCUAUGAGUGUUAUUUUCCACAGGCUUUGUACGUCCAAGCUAACGUUGAUUACGCAAAUUAUGGAUAGAAGCUGGCAGGAAGAGGCUUCUAGACGAUAGAGCGUCCUAUUCAUGUCUAUUACAAGGAAACAGAAUCACGGUUUUAUGAUGAGGCAUCUCAUAGUUAUAUUCAUAGUUACCAUGCCUCAUCUAAAGAGGGAAGAGCACUGGUGGGAAAAGGAAACCACAGUUGAGCAUCAAAAAAUGUUUGGAUUAGUGAAUAAGAGAAACGCUUUGUGGAGAAACACCUUUGUGUC